AUGGAUAAAGAAAUGUGUAAAAGGUUCAAGAAUGUAAGGGAAUGGAUUUCCGAUGAAUUGAAAGUUAAAGGAAACAAUGAAAUUAAAGAUGAUACGAUUUUAAAUACUGUUUGUAAUAAUAAUAAUUUUUUAAAUAAUUCUUGUAAUGAUAAUAAUUUUCAAAGUGAUUUGGAUAAAAUAAGUGCUGGAUGUUUAUAUUUGUUGGAUGAAUUCAUUAAGGAUUGUGGUUUGAUUCCCCCUCCUGCGCAAAAUAACAUCAAUAUUGUUGAUUACAUUUUGAUAUGGUUAAGUUAUAUGUUAAACCUGGGCAAAAGUGAAGGAAAAGACAAUGUAAAUGAUUUUUAUAGUACAUACAUAAAUAGUUGUAAUAAGUAUAAUGAUUAUAUAAAUGACUUAUCUGGUUAUGAUAAUUAUAAGGGUCUUAUAGAUACAAAACGUGAUUUUUUGUAUAUGGAUAGUAAUAUUGUAUCUAAAUUUUAUAAAGCAUUUAAAUCAUUAUGUGAAAUGUAUAAUGAACUUGAUGAUGAAAAUAACGAUUGCAAGAAAUAUUUGGAAGACAAUAAUGAAUUUUUUAAUAAAUAUGAAGAACUUAAGAAUGAUCCUCAUAUUACUGAUAGCAAUCCAUAUAAAGAAAUAUUGUCUAUACUAUCAAAUGAUUAUGAUAAUUUUAAAAAAGAAUGUACAGCUGCUCAAGAAAGAAAACUUAAAGCCGAUAAAGAGACAAUUACACCACAAUAUACUAUAGGAGGUACUGGAGAAGCUGGAGUAACUGAAGAAACUGAAGUAACUGAAGAAACUGGAGUAACUGAAGAAACUGGAGUAACUGGAAUAACUGGAGUUACUGGACAAAUUUUUGAAGAUACAUCAUCAAGUUCGUCGAUAGCAAGCAAAUUAAUUCCAGUUUUAUUGAUAUUUGGUGCAAUACCAAUUUUCUUGGGAAUUGCUUAUAAGUAUUCGUUAUUUGGAUUUCGGAAACGAUUUAAAAAACAACAAAUAAGAGAAAAAAUAAAAAAUAUAAAGAAGAGGAUGAAUCAUUAA